GAUCAUCCACUUUCGUGCGGAAUGCUGGGUAAGCAAGAUGGCGGACGGUGGCCAAAAUAAAAGUACUUUUUCCUGACUUUGAAGACUUUUCACGACUAUUACCGCACGCAACGUUGGCACGGGAAGUCUAGUCAAGAGUGAACUGAAGCAUCAUCAGGAUGAGUGCAGCACGGCUGGAUGUCCUGUGGUCUCCCAGCCACAUCAACCAGUUCCUCACGUUCGGCACAGAGAUCAGUCUGUAUAAGGCUGACCGGAUCACACAUGGGCAGGUUGUCACUGGCUCCAAGGCUCUGGCCCAGGGAUUGAUCCGCCUGUCAGAUGACACCACAGCGACUCUGCUGUCCACAAACACAGACAUCCAGUACAUGAAGUGUGUGGCCUGGUACCCCAAGAAGGAACCUGAGUUUCUGUUAGCGGUGGGACAGGCCAAUGGGAGAGUAGUUCUUACUAGUUUUGGUCAAGAUGGGGCACAUGACCAGUAUGGACUGAUCGGGAAAGAAUUUGUUCCUCGACAUGCCAGACAAUGUAACAGCCUAGCCUGGCAUCCAAAUGAGUCCAACAUGCUUGCAGCAGGGUUGGACAAGUACAGAUCUGACUCCUCUGUUCUUGUGUGGGACAUCAAUGCUAAAUACAUAGCAGACUCUGCUAACAGUCCAGACAAAAGCCGGAUCCACAGGGACUCUGUGGGGAGUGGGGAGGGGCCGAGCAUGGUCAGCAAACCUCUCGUCGAGCUGGGUGCGUCGGAGACGGCUCUGUCGCUGGCUUGGUUCACCCACGAGUCCAAGACCCUGCUAGUUGGCAUGAACAACAAGUUUCUGAAGAUAUUUGACCUUCGAGAUGUUUCUAGACCAGUUAAUGUAGCACUGACUAAGGCAGUGUACGGUGUGGCUAUAGAUCCACAUGUGGACACCAGGAUUGCUUCUUAUGUGGAGGGCCAAGUGUCUAUCUGGGACACCCGUGUGUUUGAGAAACCCGUGCUGACCCUUACAGAGCAGAGGCAUAUAGCAAAAAUAGCCUGGAGUCCCACUAGAUAUGGACUGCUAGGCAUCUCCUGUAAGGACAGCCCAGUGGUUAAGCUGUACGACAUCCAGCACUCAGGAGUAGGGGGUGAUGACUAUGAACCUGCCAUCAUUGAGAGAUCAGUACAAGCGUGUGGCGAGGAGUCCCUGUCGUCCUUUGCGUGGCACCCCACCCACGAGAACCGCAUGAUGAUCAUCACCACCAAAGGCAACAUGACGGAUCUCACUGUGUUUGAGAGAAUAUCACUGUCCUGGUCACCCCACUCCAGUAUUACCUGGGCCUGUGGUAAGAGGUUACAUCACAUGACAGCACAUCCCACCUGUACAGCUGAAGAUGACAUCUCCAUCAAGAUGAAGAGAAGAGCACGCAAUGGUUACGGCUUACAGACUGACCAAAUCUCCAGGAAUGCAGACAUGGCCCCAGAAGACAGUGAUAUCAGGACCCUCUGGCACUGGCUGGACUUGGUGCGAGGGCUGCGUGAUGAAGGCAAGAUCCGGACGGUCGGGAAGGGCGGGUUCAAGUACCACGGGGUGAAGUCUGUGAUCAAGGGAGAGACCAACAUGGCGGGGGUGUGUAUGAAGUCGGACCUGCACUACGGUACCCUGGCCGCAGGGGUGGACAAACGUACCAUCGUGCACACCUACAGGAGUGAAGACAGGUCACGAGCAUUGCAGCUGUGUGGGUGGAACUUUGAGAAAGAGUUCCGCGCUUUAGAGGACCAUUUGGAAAGACUUGAGGGUGAGGGUGAAUACGAGCGAGCUGCUGCUAUAGCCUUGUUUAACCUGAAGAUCCGACGAGCCAUCCAGACCCUGAACAAGGGAGCAACAAGUGCCGCACACAGCGAGGAUGCUGGGGACCUGAACUUGAACGUUGUUGCCAUGGCGUUGUCGGGGUACACAGACGAGAAGAACACCCUGUGGCGGGAGAUGUGCGGGUCCCUGCGGACCCAGCUGGGACACCCCUACCUGCGCGCCAUGUUCGCCUUCCUCACAGAGGAGGCAGAGGGCUUCCAGGAUGUGCUGAAUGAGUCAGGCCUCUUCAUCCAGGACAGAGUGGCCUUUGCCUGCACAUUCCUCCCUGAUGGACGGCUUGUGGAGUACCUAGAUGAGCUGACCUGUGAGAUGGUGAAGAAGGGGAACUUGGAGGGAAUCCUGCUGACCGGGCUGACCAAGGACGGCAUUGACCUGCUGGAGAACUAUGUGAACAGCACGGCGGACGUGCAGACAGCCUGCCUCGCCAUGGUGCAGGCCUGCCCUAGCGAUGUGUCAAAGGACACCCGUGUGCAGCAGUGGAUAGAGAGUUACCGCAGCUUGCUGGACUCGUGGCGGUUCUGGCACCAGCGGGCGCAGUUCGACGUCCACAGGAACCUGAUCGACCCGGCCGUCAAACCCCCGCAGCAGGUCUUCGUCAGCUGCAACUUCUGCGGGAAGUCUGUCUCCUCCAACAUGCUGGCUUCAGGACGGGCAAGAGGACGACCUAUGGGAAUGCGCUAUGGUAGUCCGCAGAAGUCCAAGAUCAGUAGCUGUCCUGGGUGUAGAAAACCGCUGCCACGGUGCGCCCUCUGUCUCAUGAACAUGGGAACUGCAUCAGGCACUAAUCAUGCUGCUAAACCCAACAAGGAAGAAAAGCAAGAUUAUUCUAAAGAAGCGAAGCAGAACAAGUUUGGGAGCUGGUUCACCUGGUGUCAGACCUGCGAGCAUGGAGGACAUGCAGACCACAUGAUGGAAUGGUUCAGCCAGUUUGUGAGCGUACAAUGAAUGUGACCGGGCCCCAACAUGCAAAAUGACCUAUAUAGUGCAGAGAUGUAACCAUCUAACAUUUAAACUUUUCAUUUA